UCAAAAAUAACAACAACGAAGCGUGUAUGUGUUUACAUUUUACGACAUCUUUGCAGCGAAUAGAAUUCGGAAAAUUUAGGCUAGCCAAAAUCACUUCUCAAAUCAAAAUCGUUGUUUUCAUUUUUCACAUCUAAGAUAGAAGUUGGGAAAUUCAUUUUUUUCUGUGUUCAUCCAAGUAGUCUUCGAUCGCUUGGCCGUACUUUUUCAAAGCAAAAAUUGUCCGAAACAAUUCAGCGCAGAACGGCCGCAGACGUAAGUGCAUGUGCUUUCAGUUGGAAUUUUUCCGAAACCUUGGCCGAUCGUAAACAGAAGAGUGGAGCUUCGUUUUGUUUACAAAUCUAGCGCUGCUGCUACCAUCCCGUGUGAGCGUCGUCGCCGGAGGGAGGAUACGAAAAUAAAAAAGUGAUCGUUUGCUGGACAGUUACCACCAGCACACUGUCAGUUAGCGACAUCCUUUGCGUUUAUAGAUGCCCGGCAGCAGCACUCUGUCCACCAGCCAGUAGAGUGAGCAGUAGCAAUGGCCGACAACGGUAACUUCCACAUCCCGCAGCACGUGAUCAAACAUGAAACGAUCGAUUCAUCUUCGUCAUCGCCCUCGCAGCAGCAGCAUCAGUACCAGGUAUACUAUUCCCAUCAGUCACCGGUGGCGAAUGUUGUCUCCAGUCAAAUGCAGUCAAAUGCGCCACUCAAAGUGGUCGAAUCCGUUGGCUCCAUCCUCGAUACCACUUCAUCCGGAAUAGAUUACAGCACCGCGCAUCAUCACCAACUGCACCCGCCUCAGAUUAUCGAAUACGAUCCGACGGGCGAUUCGGUGAACGUUGUGAUCGAGCACCAGCAGAUCGUCGAAACACAUCCGACCAUCGAGCAGCAGGAACAGAGCGUGAUAGAGGCACUCAGUCAGCAAGCGCAGCAAAACCGGAUACAUCAUGAGCAGCAACAGCACCAUGAUGUACGAGGCAAACGAUUGCGACUGGAGAAUGGUUCCGAUUUCCCGAGUGAAGGUGAUGACAGCGAUGAACUCCGGAGGAAGUCCCAUCACGUGUCCAUCGAAGAGCAAGAACAAAGUAUUAUCGAAGCGCUUUACCAUCAACAACAACAGAACCAGCUGCGAAAACAGAUCACUCACCAGCAGAAUGAGAGCAAUCAUCAAGUGACCUACCAGAGGCAUUCGCCCACACCACCAUCCCGACCGAUCUCCCCCUCCCAAUCACCGACUGUGUCAGGAACGACUGAUUCGCCAAAUUCUCGAGCGGCGCCCCAUCAGUCUCAUCAUUCUGUCGUCCAGCACCAGCCACCGCAACAGCAGCAGCAACACAUCCCACAUGGGAUUACCUUCGCCAACAUCAACCAGAGCAACUUUAUUGCUCGAUUGAUCAGCAAAGAUAACAUUUUGCUCAUAUCGGAAGACUUGAUCGAGAUCGGACGCAAUUCCUCGCGGGCUCAGGUGGACUUUCACGUCGGAAGAAACAGCUUCGUGUCACGGAAACAUCUGAUAUUGCACCACGACCACAACGAUGGCGAGUUUUAUCUUUCCUGUCUGAGCAAAAACGGAGUGUUUAUCGAUAAUUUGUUCCAUCGGAAAGGGGCAGAUCCGUUCCUGCUACCCAGAGUUUGCACCAUACGCUUCCCCAGUACAAAUAUCAAGAUUCAGUUCGAGAACUUAUUCCUCCGAAAUGGCGAGGCUCCGCGCGAUCUAUUGGAUACGACCACGCAACCGUUCCUCGCCACUAGCAGUAGUGCCGAAAACGGGGCGGUGAAUGCCAGCGUCAGUACUGUCCAUAUGUCGCCGAACGGGUCAACCAACAGCACCGGUGUGUUCGCUCCGCUCAAAAUCUCCAUCCCACCGGAACCGGCCAGCUCAUCGAUGGAACACAUGGACGUUAGCGGUCGCUGUCGGAACAACGGCAAAAGUCCGUACCCGUCUCCGACGGGAACGAUGAGCGCCGCCAACAGUUGUCCAACGAGUCCGCGCCAGGGAUGCCAUGAUUUCAAGGCAUACGCUGUGGGUAACAAUGGUCCGGGCGAUGGUGGCAUUGGCGCGCACGGUGACGGAAUGGCAGAUAGUGGUGCGCUUACAUCGAGCAAUAGUGCUGCCUUCAAUGAUUUCCAACCACCCGCAACCUCCCAGUCGCUGGAGAACGAGAAACCUCCGUACAGCUAUGCCCAGCUGAUUGUGCAAUCGAUUUCCGCCUCGCCGGAGAAGCAACUCACGCUGUCAGGAAUCUAUUCGUUUAUUUCGAAGAACUAUCCGUACUACCGGAACGGGGUCAACAAGGGAUGGCAGAAUUCGAUCCGUCACAAUUUAAGCUUGAAUCGGUACUUCAUAAAGGUGCCCCGCUUGCAGGACGAACCAGGCAAGGGUAGCUUCUGGCGCAUCGAUCCCAACAGCGAGUUGAAGUUGAUAGACCAAAGCUACCGAAAGCGGCGGCAGCGGGGUGCCCCAUGUUUCCGACCACCGUUUGUGGGCACCAAAUCGGCACCGGUCUCACCCACCCCGAUGGAUUCGGAAAGUCGAGACGGUUCGCCGAUGAAUGAAAUGCUGAUGCAAUCGGCGCCCGGUUCACCGGGUCAGGUGGCGGCGAAUGCUUACGUGCACAGCAGUUCGGGCACCAGUGUGCCCGGUCAUCCCGGCCACGAAGAUCUGGUCUUGAAACCGAUGGCCACCAUCACCACCACCACCACAAGCAAGCGAAUUGACUCGGAAGCGAACAGCAGCACCAAGGGUAACAAACCAUUGCUCCACCACCUAGCGAUUGCAUCUCCACCUCAGUAACCACCACCGAUCUACGUUGGAUUCCGCGACAGCGUCCAGUUCGGCAAUUAUUGUAGAUUCUAGAUAAUCAUAGUGCAAACAAACCCCAAUAUUACGUAUCUGUUACUGUUAGUAAACAAAUAAAUUUGAAUCGAAAAUUUUUUGUUUCAUGUGUUCGUUUUGUUCGAUUCAAGUGUAUCUGUUUACUAACAGUAUCAAAUACGGGAUGCUGUUAGUAAACAAAUAAACUUGGAUCGAACAAAACAAACAUACAAAACUUUACACACACAAUGCAUGCGCUAAUAAACUAAUAGAAGACGCGGAGUUCAAACAAGAAGUAAGAGAAUCUAUUUUUACCUAGGAUCAGGCAUAUGAAUUCGAAGAAGACAAGACGGGAUCCGGAAACAUCGACAGAAAUUUUUAAUUCAGGGUCAAACCAAUAUUGGGUGAUUGAUGAUGGUGUUGUAAAAUUUGUCCAAAUUUGUAAAUUAUUUCUAGCUGUAAUCAAGAAAACCAAAUCUCUAGGAACGAAAGAUCGAAUAAAACACAACACGAGGAAAUGUGAGCGCGCAGAAAGCUCUGAACUCACACCACCAAACACAAAUAAAACAUAAGCUAUCGAACAAAUUGUUUUCAAGCAAAAAGUGGGUGAAACGGGCUUGCAGCAGUUGGGAGAUGCGCGAGCCUGCAGGGAGAGGAAGAAACACAGAGAAAACUCACACAAAACAAACAAUGAUACAUGCAUCCGAUGAACUGUUGAUUGUUUAUUAAAAUGUUGAGAGUCCGAAAAGGGGCUUCGUUUGAA